AAUCAAAGGAGUGCCCAAUUCCUUUAUCCGACAGGAAUCAUUCUUCUCAUACUACGACAGUCCCAAGUCUGCAAACCAUUAACCACAAAAUGUCCUUCAACUCCAUCUCCCGGCGGGGGCUCAGCGAAUUCUUCGACCAACAGUGCCCCAACGAUUCCAAGUUUUACGCAUGUUCAAGGUCGUCCAAGUCCAAGUUCGUGGGGUGCUGCAAAAUCGACCCUUGCGAACUGGCUACCGGAUGUACCAUUACCAACCUUCAACCUCUCUCUUUCAAUGCUUCCCAUCAUGGCACCGACACUUUCCCACCUGACCCGGAAUGUGGGUCCGUUGAUAUCAAGCCCUACACAUGCGCUCAACCAAAGGGAACGUUUUGGGGUUGCUGCAAGACAGUGCCGUGCGCCAAUACGCCACCGAGCUGUCCGGAGGGUGAUCUCUUUCCAGCAUCGCUGAAGACGGACUUGCAAUUCGACGCGUACACAGGAUCAUCAGAUUCAUCAAAAGAGGAGCCUGCCAAAGACGACGGUCACGUGAGCACAGGUAUCAUUGCUGGUGCCACAGUCGGAGGCGUGGUCGUCAUCGUAGCCAUCGUCGCAAUCCUAAUCUUCUGCCUCUGCAAGAAGCGUAAAAACAAGAGCAAAGAAAACGCCCCUGCAACUGCUGCAGUGGCCCGCGGUGACAUCGGAGACAAGACAGACUACCGUGCCUCUGCCCUUACAGAAGCUCCACCAGUAUACAGCUCACCCAACCCCAACGACGGCACGUUUUACUCGGGCCCGCACAAGCCCUACGACCAGAACCAAAAAGGUGUCUAUCAACAAGUCGCACAAGCUCCCAUGGAACUCUCGGGCGAGUCUUCUUAUGGCGGCGGACAAGCUGCGUCGAAUAACUUUGUUGCCGAAUUGCCCAGCGAUCACACCACUUUGUCACCGGCAAGUCCAGCUAUGAGUCAACACAAGCCCGUUGAGCUUGAAAGUCCGCUCAUGUCACCGGCCCACCCAGCUACACCACACAACAAUCCAGCGAAGUUCCAGGAAGUUAUGGAUGUUAAGAAAUGA